AUGCCCUUGCCCUUGUUCGUGGUGGACGUGGACGUGGACGUGGACUUGGACGUGGAGGACUUGGACGUGGAUAUGGACGUGGACGUGGACAUGGACGUGGACGUGGACGUGGUCGUGGACGUGGACGUGGACGUGGACGUGGACAUGGACGUGGACGUGGACAUGGACGUGGACGUGGACGUGGACGUGGACGUGGAGAUGGACAUGGACGUGGACGUGGACGUGGAUGUGGACGUGGACAUGGACGUGGACGUGGACAUGGACAUGGACGUGGAGGUGGACGUGGACGUGGACAUGGACGUGGACGUGGACGUGGAUAUGGACGUGGACGUGGACGAGGACGUGGUCGUGGACGAGGAUGUGGACGUAGACGUAGACGUGGACGUGGACGUAGACGUGGACGUGGACGUGGACAUGAACGUGAACGUGGACGUGGACUUGGACCUGGACCUGGACGUGGACGUGGACGUGGUCGUGGACGUGGACGUGGAGGUGGACGUGGGCGUGGACAUGGACGUAGACGUGGACAUGGAGGACUUGGACGUGGAGGACUUGGACGUGGACUUGGACGUGGACGAGGACGUGGACGUGGACGUGGACAUGGACGUGGAUGUGGACGUGGACGUGGACGUGGACGUGGAGGUGGACGUGGACGUGGACGUGGACGUGGACGUGGACAUGGACGUGGACGUGGACAUGGACGUGGACGUGGACAUGGACAUGGACAUGGACGUGGACGUGGACGUGGACGUGGACAUGGACGUGGACGUGGACGUGGACGUUGACGUGGACGUGGACUUGGACGUGGACGUGGACGUGGACGUGGAGGUGGACAUGGACGUGGACGUGGACGUGGACGUGAACGUGGACGUGGACGUGGACAUGGACGUCGACGUGGACGUCGACGUGGACGUGGACGUGGACGUGGACGUGGACAUGGACGUGGACGUGGACGUGGACGUGGACGUGGACGUGGUCGUGGACGUGGACGUGGACGAGGUCAUGGACGUGGACGUGGACGUGGACGUGGACGAAGACGUGGACGUGGACGUGGACGUGGACGUAGACGUGGACGUGGACGUGGACGUGGACGUGGACGUGGACGUGGACGUGGACGUGGACGUGGACGUGGACAUGGACGUGGACGUGGACAAGGACGUGGACGUGGAUGUGGACAUGGACGUGGACGUGGACAUGGAUGUGGACGUGGACGUGGAGGACUUGGACGUGGAGGACUUGGACGUGGACUUGGACGUAGACGUAGACGUGGACGUGGAGGUGGACGUGGACGUGGACGUGGACUUGGACGUGGAGGACUUGGACGUGGACGUGGACAUGGACGUGGACAUGGACGUGGACGUGGACGUGGACGUGGUCGUGGAUGUGGACGUGGACGUGGACGUGGACGUGGACGUGGAGAUGGAUGUGGACAUGGACGUGGACUUGGACGUGGACUUGGACGUGGACGUGGACGUGGACAUGGACGUGGACGUGGACGUGAACGUGGACGUGGACAUGGACAUGGUCGUGGACGUGGACGUGGACGUGGACGUGGACAUGGACGUGGACGUGGACGUGGACGUGGACAUGGACGUGGACGUGGACGUGGACGUGGACGUGGACGUGGACGUGGACAUGGACGUGGAGAUGGACAUGGAGGUGGACAUGGACGUGGACUUGGACGUGGACUUGGACGUGGACAUGGACGUGGACAUGGACGUGGACGUGGACGUGGACGUGGACGUGGACGUGGACGUGGACGUGGUCGUGGACAUGGACAUGGACGUGGACGUGGACAUGGACGUGGACGUGGACGUGGACGUGGACGUGGACGUGGACGUGGACGUGGACAUGGACGUGGAGGUGGAGGUGGAUGUGGACGUGGAGGUGGACAGGGACGUGGACUUGGACGUGGACAUGGACGUGGACAUGGACGUGGACGUGGACGUGGACUUGGACGUGGACGUGGACGUGGACAUGGAAGUGGACGUGGACGUGGACAUGGAUGUCGACGUGGACGUGGACGUGGACGUGGACGUGGACGUGGACGUGGUCGUGGACAUGGACGUGGACGUGGACGUGGACGUGGACAUGGACGUGGACGUGGACGUGGACAUGGACGUGGACGUGGACGUGGACGUGGAGGUGGACGUGGACGUGGACAUGGACGUGGACGUGGACGUGGACGUGGACGUGGACGUGGACAUGGACGUGGACGUGGACGAGGUCGUGGACGUGGACGUAGAGGUGGACGUGGACAUGGAGGUGGACGUGGAGGUGGACGUGGACGUGGACGUGGACGUGGACAUGGACGUGGACGUGGACGUGGACGUGGACGUGGACGUGGACAUGGACGUGGACGUGGACAUGGACGUGGACGUGGACGUGGACUUGGACGUGGACGUGGACGUGGACAUGGACGUGGACGUGGACGUGGACGUCGACGUGGACGUGGACGUGGACCCGGACGUGGACGUGGACAUGGACGUGGACGUGGACGAGGUCGUGGACGUGGACGUGGAGGUGGACGUGGACGUGGACGUGGACAUGGACGUGGAAGUGGACGUGGACGUGGAGGACUUGGACGUGGACUUGGACGUGGACGUGGACGUGGACGUGGAGGUGGACGUGGACGUGGACGUGGACCUGGACGUGGACGUGGACAUGGACGUGGACGUGGACGUGGACGUGAACGUGGACGUGGACGUGAUCGUGGACGUGGACGUGGACGUGGACGUGGACGUGGUCGUGGACGUUGACGUGGACGUGGUCGUGGACGUGGACAUGGACGUGGACGUGGACGUGGACGUGGUCGUGGACAUGGACGUGGAGGUGGAAGUGGACGUGGACGUGGACAUGGACGUGGACGUGGAUGUGGACGUGGAGGACUUGGAGGUGGACUUGGACGUGGACGUGGACGUGGAGGUGGACGUGGACGUGGAGGUGGACGUGGACGUGGACGUGGACGUGGACAUGGACGUGGACGUGGACGUGGACGUGGACGUGAACGUGGACGUGGACGUGGACAUGGACGUGGUCGUGGACGUGGACGUGGACGUGGUCGUGGUAGUGGACGUGGACGUGGACAUGGACGUGGACGUGGACGUGGACGUGAACGUGGACGUGGACGUGGACGUGGACAUGGACGUGGUCGUGGACGUGGACGUGGUCGUGGACGUGGACGUAGAUGUGGACAUGGACAUGGACGUGGACGUGGACGUGGACGUGGACUUGGACGUGGACGUGGACGUGGACAUAGACGUGGACGUAGACGUGGACGUAGACGUGGAUGUAGACGUGGACGUGGACGUGAACAUGGUCGUGGACGUGGACGUGGACGUGGACGUGGACAUGGUCGUGGACGUGGAUGUGGACCUGGACCUGGACGUGGACAUGGACGUGGACGUGGACGUGGACGUGAACGUGGACGUGGAUGUGGACGUGGACGUGGAGGUGGACGUGGAAGACUUGGACAUGGACAAGGACGUGGACGUGGACGUGGACAUGGACGUGGACGUGGAGAUGGACGUGGUGGUGGACAUGGACGUGGACGUGGACGCGGACAUGGUCGUGGACGUGGAUAUUGACGUGGACGUGGAGGUGGACGUGGACGUGGACGUGGACGUGGACAUGGACGUGGACGUGGACGUGGAUGUGGACGUGGACGUGAACGUGGACGUGGACGUGGAUGUGGUCGUGGACGUGGACGUGGACGUGGACGUGGACGUGGACAUGGACGUGGACGUGGACGUGGACGUGGUCGUGGACGUGAACGUGGAUGUGGACGUGGACGUGGACGUGGACGUGGAGGACUUGGAUGUGGACUUGGACGUGGACGUGGACGUGGACGUGGAGGUGGACGUGGACGUGGACGUGGACGUGGACGUUGACAUGGACGUGGAUGUGGACGUGGACGUGGAUGUGGACGUGAACGUGGACGUGGACGUGGACAUGGACGUGGUCGUGGACGUGGACUUGGACGUGGUCGUGGACGUGGACGUGGACGUGGUCGUGGACGUGGACGUGGAUGUGGACGUGGACGUGGACGUGGACAUGGACGUGGACGUGGACGUGGACGUAGACGUGGACGUGGACGUAGACAUGGACGUGGACGUGGACGUAAAUGAGAAGAAUUGA